AGUCGGUAACGGACGAUGGAGAGCGGCGGCGGCGGCGGCAGACCGCCCGCCUUCGACCGGGCGCCGGGAGCGGGUCGAGGCCGCGGCCGGGGCUUCGGGGCGGCCGCGGGAGCGGGGGGGCGGCCGCAGGGACACGGCGACGGCGCCCAGGAGAACGGGCUGUGUCCCGGCUCGGGCCUGGGCCUGGCUCCGGCCCCCGGACCCGGAGCAGCGCUCGCCCAGCUGCCCGGAGCCGCUCCCGGCAUCACCGCCCCCGGGAACCCCGUCACCGCCACCGCCAGCGGACUGCAGGGCAACGGCGUCCAUGUCAAGAGCGCCAUCCAGCAGCAGGAGCCGCUGCGGCAGCCCCGGAGCAGCCCGCCCGCCGAGCACCCGGAUCAUGGGCAAAUGGCCUUGGGCCCUCAUGACCAAUAUCUCUCGCAUGGCACAAAUACCUCCAUGGUUAAAUCACAGAAAAUGGAGGCAUUCACCAUCCAGUCUAAACUUUCAGCCAGCGCACCAGAAUUCUACCCCCCUGGCUUUAUGGCAGUGUCGUCGAAAGCUACUGCCGACGAGGCCUAUGUGGAUUUUGAGAUCCCGCCUGACCUGACACUUGCUGAUUAUCUCCAAGAUUUCCUGAGUCUCCUGACCUCUCACCCCGGGAGUUUUGAGCUGGAGAUUGGGCAGUUCACAGAAAUGAUGAACACCUGGGUGAACACUGACGAAAUACUGCAAGAGGUGGUGGAAAUCAUCUACCAGCAGGCAACCACGGUGCCCAACUUCACGUACACGGCAGCUCGACUAUGUAACUACCUGUCCCAGAACCUUACUAUUAACCCCAGAAAUAGCAACUUCCGCCAACUCCUGUUACAGAGGUGUGAGACAGAGUACUCAAAGAGAAACGAGGCAGUGAAUGGUGAUGAAAAGGCCAGGAAGAAGUUCCACUCAUUUGUGCUGUUUUUGGGUGAGCUGUAUCUCAACCUGGAGAUCAAAGGUGUAAACGGGGCGGUGACACGAGCUGAGAUUUUGCAAAUAGGACUCUGCGAAUUACUGAGCGCACUGUUUUCUAAGCCCGUGGAUGAUAACCUCACCUGUGCUGUAAAAUUACUGAAGCUUACUGGGUCAAUACUAGAAGAUGCCUGGAACAAGCAAGGAAAAUCAGAUAUGGCCGAGAUAAUUCAGCGAGUUGAGAAUGUUGUUCUAGAUUCUGACUGUAGUAGAGAUGUCAAGCACAUGUUGCUGAAGCUGGUGGAGUUGCGGUCUAGUAAUUGGGGUCGUGUUCACACAGCAGUCACAUACAAUGAAGCUACACCUGAAAAUGAUCCUAACUAUUAUAUGAAUGAGCCUGUAUUUUAUUCAGCAGAGGGUAUCCCUCUCACUCCAGCAGACCCAGAUUACCUGGAAAAGUACCAGGAGAUGAUUGAUCGAGAGGAAUUGUUUCAAGGUUAUUCCGACGAAGAUGGGGACGCGUAUCUUGAUGACUCAGAAGAUGAGAUGGACCCCGAGAUGGAGGAAGCUUUUGAAAAGUUCUGUGCCGAAACAGAGAAAAAGACAAAAUAGUGCAAAGAGGAGAGAGCAUGGGAUUCGUUAGAAGUGAAAAAUAGACAAAAAAAAUUUGCGUUUUGAGUGUUUAUUUGAAAAAAAGGACAAAAAAAAACUUUUGAAUUUCAAAAGACAUGCAAGUAAUUUAAAGGCAAACUGAAGAAACAUUUUCAUUUUCUUGUGCCAUUGAAAGCAUUACAGGAAAAGGUCUGUGGGAAUCUACCUAAAGCUGUUGAUGGUGAAUACACUGCAAAAAUGCCCAAGCAGAUUCUGCCUGAUAAUAUGUUGUACUUUUAAUGAGACUCUUUUGUAAUAUAGUUUGUUAUAGUUUUAUUUUUAUGUAAAAGUUGCAAGUUCAAAACUAAAAUAAAAUGAUUCUUUGUAACGGGCUGCAUCGCUUCGUGAAGCACACUAAAGAUUUUGACUCUCCCGAUCAAUAUGUAAUUUAAAAAACAACACAAGGCACGCAGACAAUGAAUUAUAUGUAUCAGUCGGGAGAGGAAAACAGCAGCUUGCUCCGUGCAAAGUCAUUGGGUUGGGGGAAAGAGAUGUAUGGACAUGAGGCAUGAGAAGAGUGAGAAAUUCUCACACUGAGAGAGUAAGGUGGGGACUACUGUUAAAUAGUCAAAUCGUAAUGCUGCCAUUAUUUACCAGUCCAUAUAUGCAUGCGUACACACACACACACACACGCACACGCACCCCACACACACACAAUGUACAUGCAUACACACACUUAAAUGAAUACACAUAUACGAUAUAUAUACACACACACACUAUACAUGCAUACACACACUUAAAUGCAUACACAUAUACGAUAUAUAUACACACACACGCACAAUAUACAUGCAUACACACACUUAAAUGCAUACACAUAUACGAUAUAUAUAUGUACACACACAAUGUACAUGCAUACACACUUAAAUGCAUACACAUUUUCUGUGUAUAUAUAUAUACACGCACAUGCGCACACACACACACACACA